UAAAUUGUAGGUGCGCCCUUAGUUUAACCUCAAAAAACUUGACGUUGGCAAAGUGCCCUGGCAGCAAAAGCCUAUCUCACAAAAAAAAAGGGUCUUUCACCUUGAUUUUGUUCUACAAUAAUGAUGAGCAUAAAGAAAAUGUAUUUAGUGUCAAAAAUGUAUAGUUUUAUAAUAUGUCAUUUAUCUUAAAGCUUAUUAAAUUAAGAGUGGUUUACAGUUAUUCAAGUGCCGAAACCUACUAUAUCCUGUAGUCUACAUGAGUGUUGAUGUCGAGGAAGCUAACGAAACACAACAACUGAUGCAGAAUGAGGGCGAGGAAGAUGAGGCGAAGAUCACGCAGUCCGCCACGUCGCCCGUGACCAGCAACAAGAUGUCAAGCGGCGCCGCCAGCCUCACCUCGCGGACCCCGGGGCAGGCGUUCGCGAGCACAGGGAACAGUAUCAAUGAUUCAACAAAGGUAUCGAUUGUGAACGAGAGGCGACUCCAUCGGGACCUGAUGCGCUCCAACUACAGUAACAGGCCGAAACACAUACCCAAAGAAGCGCCAGAUGUAAAACAUAUGGAGAAAGCACUUCUUGGUUUGCUAGAUGAUUUUCACUCUGGAAAACUGAGCGCAUUCAGUGCUGGCUGCAGCAUGGAACAGAUGAUCAAUAUCAGAGACCAGCAGGAGCACUUGGCGCGGCUGCACUUCCGCCUCUGCGCCGACGUGGAGAAGCCAACAGAGGACAGUUUUGACAAAUCUACCUCCAGAUUUAAGAUGACCCAGUUGGUCCAAAGUUUAGAACAGCUUUCAGCAUCCAUUGAGCACUUGCAUUCAGAUGGUAAUUUUAGUGCAACUAGCAGCAAUAAGUAGAUAAAUUGUAGUCCUACAUUGCAAAAUAAGUAGAUUCACGUCUACUUUUUUGUUAAGAAAUACAUCUCUGAUCAUGAGUAAAGGGAUGGUGCAAAAAGUAAUGCAGUCUUAGUAAAUAUUUUUAAAUUUUAAGUGGGGAAUUUAACAUCACCCUCAACAGGGGUCAAGGAAAAAGGUUUACCUAUCUAUAGUGUAAAUGUAAUCAAUAAAUUAUAUGAUGUUUGAUGCAGCAUGUCACUGACAUAUGGGUGAAUCAACUUUUUCUUGUCACUCAUUGCCAUGGGUUAUGUUAUCCUGGGUCACUCUUUAAAGCCUGAUUAUAAGGCAUUCAAUUUGAAAUCAACUUUAUCGACAACCAACAAUGUGGUACCUUUUAGUUGAGAAUGUCACAAAUACACUUUUUGUGACAGUUAUAAGUCCUUCCAUUAAGGGCCAUCUACAAAGCGUGUUAACUUCAGUGUCUUUUUACCUUUUAACUACCGUAGACUGAUAUAUAAGACAUAGAAAAUCAGCCUGAUUUCGCCGCAUUCUGAUAAAUAAGAUGAAACUUCGUACUGCCGGUGACACGCGCACCCUCAAUGAAAAAUUCUAUGGUGGUUAAAUGGUUAUACUGUCAUUUAUGAUUUUAUAUUGUAAUCACCAAGACUAUUGAAAUAGCUUUUAGAGUUAGCUAGUUGAGCAAAUUAGGACGAUAGCAGCCAUAAAUAAUAAGAAUUUGUAUCUUUAAUCGACAAUAUUAUAUUAAGUAGGUAAAAUCUCUUUCAUUCCGAUCUUCUCAUGUUUAGAGAGGGGUUUCUAUUUCAUCUCUUGUAUAAUCCCUAUUCUAUACCUGAAUGGGGUUGUAAAGUCUACCUACUCAGAUUCAACAGGAACAUUUCUUAUUACUGACUGCUGUUAAUUUGUUCAUUGGGGUGAUUUAGAUCAAACUAAAAGAUACAGUGAAUACUUCUUUUGUUAAUGGUAAAAUACCGGUAUUUAUUAUCCAAAAAACUUUUUAUCCGUUUUGUCUGAGUAAUUUUCAAAAGUUAUUUCGUACAGUCAAAGAAUUUAAUUUCCGACCCUUUGUACUUUGUCACAGUGACAAUCAAUAUGAAAGUCGUUAGAGACCUCAUACUAUUGUCACUGUGACAGAGUACAAAAUGGGUAGGAAAUUAAAUUCUUUGACUGUAGGUACCUAUGCUAAAAUGAUCAAUGACUUAUGUUGUUUAAAUGAGGUUUUUACUUAGCGCCACUUGUACCAUCCCACUAACCCGGGGUUAACCGGUUAAACCGUUAACCCAGUGUCAAAAUGUUCUGGUAACCAUGGUAACUCCAGGUUUAACCAGUUAACACCGGGUUAGUGAAUGAUGCAAGUGGCCCUUAUUACCUUAUUAGGCUAUAAUUGAAAAGUAUAUUAUAUUUUAAUCCCAUUUAUUUAUUAUGUAUUUAUGUAAUCAUUGUAAUAUUUUUGUUCUGUAAUCAUUGUAAUCAAUAAUUAUAACAUAAAUAAAACACAUCUUAGGUUUCUUAGGUACUGGUGGAUUUUCUAAAAUCUUGUUCUUGUACAUUUUAAAAUAUUUAAAUUAAAGCUAGAUAAUCAUAGUAUAAUAAUAUUAAUAAUGGUGGGGUCAAAAACGUUCUAAAAUAUAGUUACGGUAUUUUGCCAUGUUAUUGAAUAUGCUAUAAUUUGAAUUGUAAUCAACUAAUCAUAUUGUUAAUUAAAUCUAGAAUCUUCCAAAAAUCGAGUAUUUAUUAGUUUUAAGUACAGUCAGCGUCAUAAACAUGAUGUCAACAAAAAUGUCACUGCUUGCUUAGACUGUAGAAGAGGUAAAGACUUCUAUAAUUUUGGAACAGUUAAAUUCUUAUAAAUAUAUGUAAUGCUGACUGUGCCAGUGGAAAUUAAGUAUUUUGCUUCUAGAAUACAUUAAGGCCUGUCUCCAUAUUGCGCGGCAAACUAUCGAACAUUGGCUCGCGAGGCAGCCGCGCGCGCAAUGGAUACC